AUGAACUUGAGUGCCGCUGCACGUAAUUCGAGCCAAGGUGGACAGGAUGACACCCAAGAUAUUUCCCAGGUGGGACUUGAAUCCACUGAUGGAGAGCCGAUUAAGGAGGUCAAGGACAAAGUUAGAUUUCUCCACCUCUGUAUCCACAUGGAACCCCCCCCUCUCUCAUAUGGACCCUGUUAUGAUAGAUCCCAAAAGUGCACCGGCCAAAACCAUCAAUUGCGAUCAGCAGCUAUUCAGGGAGAUAAAGAAAAGGUAUCUCAAAGCGCGCGAGAGGAGAAUAACAGUAUUCACAAGGUUGAAAGGCAUUUACUUCGUCCAACCCAGAAAACAACUGUGUCUAUUUCCCACAUGGAACUUCCCAGAAGAUUGACAGACAAAGAGCUGUUUCAUGCUCUGAGAAGAAAGUAUGAGCAGAAGAGACCUCCAUGGCUGCUGAAGCUACGUUUAAGAGCAGUCACAAAGAUACGCAUUGUCCAUUUCCGAAGUCAUGAGACUGAGAAAGGAGUGAUCCACGAAUGGGAGUGGCCACCACCAACUCAAGUACCUCAAAUAUGGAGCUACAACUCUCCAAGUGUCCCGAAACCAGAAGGCCCAGAAAUUAUGUCUGAAAUGUUAAUGGAUCACUGGUGGAAUGGCCAUUCUAUGUCCCUGGUGGAGGUCGAAAGUCAGAUAACUGGCAAUAAAUCACGCCCUUGGUAUCUGUGUACAAUUCGGAUCUUACGAGAGCGCUUUCGAGGAGCAUCUACUAUUCCAGCCAGCGGUGGACAACAAAAAAUAACGGGCUAUGAGCAGACCCGUCAGGAAAGUGGUGGUCUUGCCGCCGACCACCCAGACGACGGCAAUACGAGCAACGACGACGUAGUCAAUGACGCCCAGCUUCGGCUCUCCGCUAAUCGUCCCGGAUCGGCCUCCCUUGGCCAUAAAUCCGCCACACACCGAGCCAGCAAACUGCGGGUAAACACCGACAUGACGCAGGGAUGCACGAGCUACGUCAAUCUCGAUGUUACCAAGGAGUUGGAGGAUGGGGAGUGUAGCGUCUCCACUGAGGAACGCGAUGAGGGCGGUGACGACACCCACUCUACGAAGAGAUCAAAGUUGUCCGCUGUUUCCGGCGGCAUUCCAACCUUCGACGGCAAUAUGUCUAAGCUGUGGGAUGACCAGCCUGACAAUACUCAAUCCCCACAGCCGGGCCCAGCAGCGACGUCUCUCCACCACACCGUUUCUGCCUCACUCGGAUCCACCGACCUCGAAGAUCCCAAGUCCGUCGCUCUACUCGCGGCUCCGGGCCAGGAACGAGAGAUCCGCGACAUUGACCAGGAAAUGGUUGAUGAUGGAGGUGCCGAUAAUAACGACGAAGAUUAUAGCGAUAUGAGCAACACCGCUGCCUCUGAGAUACGAGACCGACCAUAUUUUCGGAAACGGGCCAGGCGGGCGAAGGAUACAGGAUAUAACGAUAUAGAAACUACUUCCACUCAUUCCCUCAGCGCCUCUGGCAGUAUCCAGGAGAGCGAAGAGAUUCCUAUCCGUGGAUACUUGAUACUAAAAACUAUCGAAUCGAAAGUCGUAUACUGUCUCACAUUUUCUCAAGACCUACUACCAAAACCUAGGGGAACAUCCCAGAGACGAGGCAUUGCCAGGAGCGUCUCUAGCAGUAGUGACAGGAGAGACUCGGAACGAUUGUCUGUUCAAGAGCAAGCUAUAAGCAGACCCGUCAGGAAUUCGCGAUUUUCGUCCGAAGACGAUGAACUUCUACUGCAACUAAAAGGAGACGGUUUAUCGUGGGAUGAGAUUUCAGAACGCUUCCCGGAGAGGAGCAAGGGGACAUUGCAAGUACAUUACAGUACCAAGUUAAAGCCUCGUUCGGAGACGUCCAAGAAUACAAAGAAGCGCCGGAGGUCGGGGUGAGUUGAAGGCUUCGGUCUGGCAGACACAUCAGAGGGCAGACGGCCUGAUGUUGAUUUUUCACAUUGUCUGACGAUGGGUGAG